AUGACGCCUGUGUUUUAUGAUAAUAUUUGUCAGGCUACAUGUUUCGGACAGAUUAGGAUGGAUUGAAACGUAGUCCAUUGGUUUGAUGUUUUUCUCUCUCUCUCAUUCUCUCUCUCUUUCUGAAAGGUCCGACGCUAAAAAGGCUUCUAGUUUUCCAACAGCCUCUUAGGCAGUGAAUGCUCUUGUGUUGUUUCAUUCAGAAGGACGGCUCCAGAACGGAUGGACGUUGAGAAGGGACAGAGAUAAGCAUAUUUUUCUUUUGCUGUUCACAGGACUGUUCGAUUAGGCUACGCGAUACAGUAGCCUAAACAGCAACUCAACCGCUGUGUCAAAAGAAAAUGUAUGUCUGAAAGCCUGGCUCAAUUCGAUUCGCACGUUUUUUCGGCACUUAGGAUGGUUUCAGUGUUGUGCCUGAGAGGUGAUGUAAGCUGAGCUUUUUGGAUGCGGGUGCCCGCCGAGGAGCUGUCCACGCUGUCGAAGUGCUGAUGCGGCUCUGAGAGGACGCUAGAAUGGCUGCCGGGAAGUUGCUGCUCUACGCCGGUCUUUCCCUCUCUCUGUGCGCCCUCGGAAUGCUGGCCGUGGCUAUCUGCUCCGACCACUGGUACGAGACGGACGCUCGCAGGUACCAGGAACGGUGCCGAAGUUUCUCGAGCCGUCGGAAGGACCCCGGCUUUAUUUACAUCCCCAGUAUUAGCCUCCCUUUGCGCGCAAGUCGCUCCAGUUUGGACCGUUGGGAGGAGAAGCUGCUGCUGGCUCGGAACCGUCGGCAGCUGUUCGCGAUGAGUGCCGCGGACGAAUGCAGCAGGCAGUACAAUUCCACCAACAUGGGGCUUUGGAGCAAAUGCCACCGUCUGGGAUUCAACCAGGAUGUCGAGGAUCUCAUUCGCAAAGGCUCCAUUGCAAGAUGCUCUUACAUCAAGUACCACUACUCCUCAGCCACUAUACCCAAGAAUCUCUCCUACAACAUCACCAAGACCAUCCGGCAGGACGAGUGGCACUCACUCCACCUGCGGCGGAUGACGGCAGGCUUCAUGGGCAUGGCGGUGGCCAUCAUCCUGUUCGGCUGGAUCAUCGGGCUCCUGGGCUGCUGCUGGGACCGCGGCCUCAUGCAGUACGUGGCCGGCCUGCUGUUCCUCAUGGGAGGUACGUUCUGCAUCAUCUCCCUGUGCACCUGCGUGGCUGGCAUCAACUUCGAGCUGUCCCGCUACCCGCGCUACCUGUACGGCCUGCCGGAUGACAUCAGCCACGGCUACGGCUGGUCCAUGUUCUGCGCCUGGGGCGGCCUGGGCCUGUCGCUCAUCGCCGGCUUCUUCUGCACGCUGGCGCCCUCCGUCCAGCCCAUCCCCCGCUCCACCUGCCCCAAGUCCCGACAGGAGAACGGCACCGUGUGCUAGAGGAG